CCGAGGAUCCACCUCCGAGGAGCUCCUCAGGAUGCAGCGCCUCAUGCCGGCUUCGUGGACCAGCGGCGGCAGUCUGCUGCCCUUCCGCGUCUCCACCACCACAAAGGUUGUCCUCUUCUCGCUGACCGCCGGCGUGGCCUUGAUGAGCGUCCUCUCGCGCUUCCUGCGACGCCGCAAGCCGCCGCGUCCGCCCCGCCGGGCGAGGAAGUACACGGGCCGGCGGAACCGCAACAGCAUGCGCAGUCCCAAUGACCUCAUCUCGAUAGCGGGCUCCAAGGCCUCUGCCCGUUCGGGCAGUCCCGUUGGUUCCACUUUGGCCUAUUCGGACCGCCUUUCCAUGGCCUCGGGUUCAAUUGGCGUGGGUGCCUUGAUGGGCGUACAGAGUGCCGGGCCAGCUGGUUCGGUGGUCACCCAAUUGACGGCCCAACAGCUGGGCAUGAUGGGCAUGGAGGCGCUGGACACGGUGAUUAACUUUUGGGAGGACGCCUUGGCGGCACACUACUCGCCCGGCGGACUGCCCGCUCUGCUGACGACGGCCGAGGACUCGGAGUUCUGCCGCGAGAUUCAGAACCUGCUGGAGAUGGCCUACACGCUGCAGGAGCAGAGCGAGCUGCUCUUCCUCGACCAGCGCUCGGUGCUGUUCCGCGAGGAGCAUUCCAUUGACGAGGCGGCCGAGGAGGAGGCGGCGGGCGAGACGGACGACGAUCGGCGGUCGCGCAAAUCGGGCAGCGUCCUGAGUCGCGCGGGUUCGGAUCCCAAUUUCGAUUCCGCCGAGAGCUUUGCCAGCGCCUUAGACCAAGUGGCGGAUCUGCGGGAGUUCGACGGCUUCAUCGAGACCUCGUACGAGGAGUAUCCGCUGUUCCAGACGGCGUUGAAGCACCACGAUGAGUACACGGUGCCUUGUCGCACCAUUCGGGCGGAGCUGAUGCACUGCAGCACGGACACCGAGUACCUGGCCAAGCUGCACUGCGUCCGACUGGCCUUUCAGUUUCUGUUCAAGGAUCCCGCCGUGGGUCAGUGGAUAUGCGAUGCCGGGCGGCAGAUCCUCACCGAUCUGCUUUGCCUGGGCGACAAGGAUACGAAGGAGUUUCUAGUGGGCUAUGAGGACAUGGUCAACUAUCUGCACGACAGCAGCAACUGGCCGUGCAUCCAAAUGGAGCUGGAGCAGCGCAACGUGAAGGCCAUGACCUUCUACGACAUCUGCCUGGAUUUUAUCAUCCUGGAUUCAUUUAAGGACCUAGAUGCUCCGCCCGCCAGCGUGACGGCGGUGGUGCAGAAUCGCUGGCUAUCCAACGGAUUCAAAGAGACGGCCCUAACGACGGCCGUUUGGUCGGUGCUGAAGGCCAAGAAGCGGAUGCUGAAGUUCCCCAACGGGUUCAUGUCGCACUUCUACGUGAUAUCCGAGCAGAUAUCGCCGCUAAUGGCCUGGGGCUUCUUCGGGCCCAACGAGAACCUGCGCGACAUCUGCCACUACUUCCGGGAGCAGCUGCUCGCCUUCCUGGGCGACAUCUUCAGCUUCCAGAAGAGCCGCUUCACGACCAUCGAGGAGUUCUCGCAGGAUGUCCUGCAGCACAUGCAGACGCGCGUGAACAACAUUGGCGUGAAGUUCAGCCAGUGAUUGGGCCUUCUUCUGACACACAUAAUACUUUUUGGACUCCCUAAUCCUACGUUUUUCUUUUACACACAACCCCUUUUGGUUUGGUAGUUUCCCUAAGAAAUGCUCCUCCACAAGUUGACUAAUUUUAGAGCCACAUGCAUUCAGCAUAUACACAUCGUCAUUUAUGAUUAAGCUGCAUUUAAGUCGCCAAAACAUUUGUAAAAUAAAACUGUUUACCCAGCUGCCAAGCCUCCAAUUGGAUGGGAGAGGUGGUUACUAUAUAAAUCAGUGAUAUAUGGUACAUCCACUGACAUUUCUACGCACAAAACAAGUUACUUAAGUCAAGAAUCAAAACAUGAAUUAGUUAUUCUCUAAUUUGUAAGUCCCUUAAAAGCUAUUCACUUGUUUUGUUAACACUUUG